AUGACCGAUGAAAAUCAAGUCGCCGAUCAAACCGAAGAUAUUCAAGAACACCAGGAAGAAGGUGAAGACGCCGAAGCGGAGCUCGAGGCAAUGAAACAAAGGGUAAAAGAGAUGGAAGAAGAAGCUGCCAAACUCCGUGAGAUGCAGGCUCAAGUUGAAAAAGAAAUGAAUCUGACCUCAGAAGACGAUAAAGAAGCGAUUGAUGCUCGAUCUAUCUAUGUCGGCAAUGUUGAUUAUGCUGCAACUCCGGAAGAUUUACAGAACCACUUUCAAUCUUGUGGUACAAUAAAUCGAGUAACAAUUCUCUGUGAUAAGUACAGCGGCCAUCCUAAGGGUUACGCCUACGUAGAAUUCGCGGAUCCCUCUCUAGUUGCCAAUGCGAUGCUAUUGGAUAACACGGUACUACGUGGACGUCCUAUUAAGGUAACUGCGAAACGUACAAAUAUUCCCGGCUUUGCCAGGGGAAGGGGAGUGAGAGGCGGUCGCGCUAGUUGGCGAGGCGGAUUCUAUGGUCAUGGUGCUUACUUUGCACCAACUUUUCGAGGAGGUCGCGCGAGAGGACGGCGUGCUGCAUCAUACGCACCUUAUUAG